UCACCUUCUUAUACUCAUUGCAUUUCUCUAGCUUUCCUCUGCAUUUCAAAGAACCGGCUCCUCUUAACUCUCUGUAAGACUGUAACCCUCACUUCCUUCCCCAUCAAACAGGCCUUCGAUUUUCAAAAGGUGGUAUUUUCCUGACCCUUCAAUUAGAUCUGCUGGUCGUAGAAAAUGGCAGAUGGCGAAGAUAUUCAGCCACUUGUUUGUGACAAUGGAACUGGAAUGGUUAAGGCUGGGUUUGCCGGGGACGAUGCUCCCCGUGCCGUAUUCCCUAGCAUCGUCGGUCGUCCACGUCACACUGGUGUGAUGGUUGGCAUGGGCCAGAAAGAUGCAUAUGUUGGUGAUGAAGCUCAAUCAAAGAGAGGUAUUUUGACUUUGAAAUACCCUAUUGAGCAUGGUAUUGUGAGCAACUGGGAUGAUAUGGAAAAGAUUUGGCAUCAUACCUUCAACAAUGAGCUUCGCGUUGCUCCAGAAGAGCACCCUGUUCUCCUUACCGAGGCUCCUCUCAACCCGAAAGCUAAUCGCGAGAAAAUGACCCAAAUUAUGUUCGAGACCUUUAAUGCCCCUGCUAUGUAUGUCGCUAUUCAGGCAGUGCUCUCACUUUAUGCCAGUGGUCGUACAACUGGUAUUGUGAUGGACUCCGGAGAUGGUGUCAGCCACACAGUCCCAAUUUAUGAGGGUUAUGCUCUCCCACAUGCCAUUCUUCGUCUCGACUUGGCUGGGCGAGACCUCACCGAUUACUUGAUGAAAAUUUUGACUGAACGUGGAUAUUCAUUCACCACCACAGCUGAACGGGAAAUUGUGAGAGACGUUAAGGAAAAGCUCUCAUACAUUGCUCUUGACUACGAACAGGAGCUGGAGUCCUCGAAAACAAGCUCAUCAGUGGAGAAGAGCUACGAAUUACCAGAUGGUCAGGUUAUUACCAUCGGUGCUGAACGUUUCCGUUGUCCCGAAGUGCUUUUCCAACCAUCCUUGAUCGGUAUGGAAGCUGCAGGCAUCCACGAGACCACAUACAACUCCAUAAUGAAGUGCGAUGUGGAUAUCCGGAAAGAUUUGUAUGGUAACAUUGUCCUUAGCGGUGGUACAACCAUGUUCCCAGGAAUCGCUGACAGAAUGAGCAAAGAGAUCUCAGCACUCGCUCCCAGCAGCAUGAAGAUCAAGGUUGUUGCUCCACCUGAACGGAAGUACAGCGUCUGGAUUGGAGGUUCGAUCUUGGCUUCCCUCAGCACCUUCCAACAAAUGUGGAUUGCGAAGGCGGAGUACGACGAAUCAGGUCCAGCAAUAGUCCACAGGAAAUGCUUCUAAAUGUAUUUGAAAGGGUCAGAGAAAGAAGUAGGGUUUCAUUGUUUCUUGAUGCACCUUGGAACUUUGCGUUGUUUUAGUAGCUUUGUUAUCCAUCUAUGUUUGUUUUUCAUGUUGGAGUGAAACAAUCAACUUUGAGACAAAAACACUUUUUUUUAUUCUUUCAAUUUCAGAUGACAUUCUUUUACCGUUUACUUUUUA